AGCAGAAGAUAAAAAGUAUCAUGACGCGAUCUAUCACGCAGACGAUCCUAGGGGUUACAAUGAUCCUAGCGAUGGUACAAAACACCGAAGCUAGACACGUCAGGCAUCAUGGACAUAGAAAGGGGAAUUCUCAGGAGAUUAGUCGCGGUGAUCACGCAGUUUCAAACCAAGUCACAACAAUCAAACUAAACACAGCACAGAUUUUUGGACUGCACCUCGAGGGACCCAUCGCUAUUUCUCAAUCUGCGAGGGAUGCCUUCAAACAGAAAUUAAAAAAGGCUUACGGAGAUGUCGGCUGCAAGCUAGCCCUGGAAGAGGACGGGUGUACCAAACACGAGAUACUGAUAGCGAGACACAAGGGAAAUUUCAAGAACAACUAUGAUUAUCACUACAACGGGCUAUCCUACAACAGUGUAACAGACUGGGGCACCACCUUGGGAAACGAUAUUGACAGUACUAUUUCUAAACGAUCAACGACAGGUGCUCCCUGUCUCACGACCACAUUCCAGUGCUCUCUGUCAGAAGACGAAAAGAAUUCCAUCAAGGAAAAAUGCUGGCUAUUCGACUUCUAUGUUGAAACGCACACAUCUUCGUUGCACAACAUGGUGGUCCAGGGACCAGAAUUAAAGUGGUCAGAUAUCAGCAAGUACAUGGGGAAUGUCGGAAAGAAGCUAUUGUCUGUUAAAACUGACCAAGCUGACAUUUUCUAUCCUAACAUCUAUGACGAAAUUGUCGAUUGUCACAUCGGGGAUAUAAGCAGUAGCAAUAUAAAGAUCGUGAAUGAGUACUACCGAAAACACGCCGGCUUAAUCCAAAAGAUGCAUGUUAACUUUCAUCAUCUGAAAUACGCGAAAGAUGACGAGGGAAAUAAACACGACUGCUUCCAAGUUUUGUUGGAUUUCAUGAACUCUCUCUCCGAACUACAAGCAGCACUGCCAGCAGACAAAAACUGGGAGGACAUUUCUAAAAUAAGUAUAUCCAGCACGUUAAGAGAUAGUUUCACAACGAGUAUGUAUGGACCUAGUCAAACAGUCCACUUCUGUCAUCGGAGGAUCUUGGUAGAAUACUCUACAUUCAUCCACGACAGAGCUGUGAUGAAAGACAAUAUUAUGCAAAAAAUAAAAUCAGAGUGCAUUACCACACCCGCACUUUGCAGUAGUCCGAAAUAUGAGAUAAAUUUAGAGAACUCGCUCGACUCGGGAGUGCUUUAUAACAUGCGCAAAAUCUUCCCUACCAUGGCACGUCUCCUGUACAAGACUCUUCUCAUGUCGGAUCCACAGGGUCGUAUUUCCGACAUAAACAUCGAAAAUAAUUUGGUUACUGCAGCUACAAAAAACAUAGAUCACAGAUUUGAAGAUAUCACCAUCGACAUCAAUGCUGAGAAUUAUUGGCGUAAAAGAAUCAAAGCAGCAAAAAGGAAGAGAACAAUGCAACAAGCGUAAAGUACUCUUUUGAUCUGC